CGAUCUUAUCUGUUCUUUUCUGAGGCUACUGACUGACUGUGGCUCACGGGCACAUAUUUGAGAGACUGGCAUAGCGGUUUUUCAAAAAGAUAUUCUAGUUUGUGUGGUUAGCUGCAGUUUACAGAGGGUUGAAAGUUUAGGUAGACUUAUUUAACUGUCAGCCCUCUCACCUCUUUGGAAGGACAAUUUCUGGAGCUUUCAUUGAAUAUUCAUCAAUGUCUGAAGAAAUUGUUUAUGCAAAUCUCAAAAUCCAGGACUCUGAUAAGAAAGAAGAAACCCAGAAGUCUGACAAAUGUGAGGAGAAAGUAUCCUCUCCUGCUUCCCAUUCAUGGCAAAAAGCAGUCUUGAUUCUGACUCUUCUAUGCCUUCUGCUGCUCAUUGGAGUGGGAGUCUUAGGAGGCAUCUUUUAUACAACUUUGGAGACAGAAAUGAUGAAAUCAAAUCAAUUACAAAGUGUCAAGGAAGAGCUUCAGGAAAAUGUUUCCCUACAGCUAAUGCACAAUCUCAACAACUCCAAGAAAAUCAUGAACCUUACUGCCAUGCUGCAAAACAUAGCCACCCAGCUGUGUCGAGAGCUGAAUAACAAAAAUCCAGAGCACAAAUGUAAACCAUGUCCAAAGGGUUCAAAAUGGUACAAAGACAGCUGUUAUUCUAUACUCAAAGGGUAUGCAACAUGGCAAGAGAGUGUCAGUCUCUGCUCUGCUCGGAAUGCCAGCCUCCUGAAGGUUAAGGACAAGGAUGUGCUGGAAUUUAUGAAGUCCCAGAGGCUAUCUGGUUAUUGGCUAGCAUUGCCGCCCAGUAAAGAAUACAGAUCCAGUGUAACACUGAGUGAGAUAUUCCUCUCUGAAUGGUUUGAAAAAAACACAUAUGACUUAAAUAGCAUGUAUUGCAGAUAUAUUAAUGACAUAUAUGUUUAUUAUGAACGGUGCUAUGUUCAGAAAAUAACCAUAUGUGAAGAGACAGCCAGCAAGGUACAGGUGGAAAGUGUGCUGAAUGGCCUUCCGGACAGUAGCAAGUAGUCACUCUGUAGUUGCUAGUCUCUAGCUACGAUCCUGCUGUAGUGGUUUGAAUGAGAAUGGCCCCCAGGGGCUCGUUUGUUUGAACACUUGGUCCUCGUGGCAGAACAGUUUCAGAAGCACAGGAAGAUGUGGCCUUGUUGGAAGAGGUGUGCCAUUGAGGGUGGGCCUUGUGUUUGCAAAAGCCCAGCCAUUCUGUCUCUGUCUUGUGCUUGAGUAUCACAGCUACUGCUCAAGGCCAUGUCUGCCUGCCUGCUGCCAUCCUCCUCACCACAGUGGUCAUGGACUCUAACCCUGCCGAUGCCAAAUUAAAUGCUUCCUUUUGUAAGUAA